UUCUUAUAUCUCCCUGAUAUAGAAUAUGAGUGGGCAACUGAAUUUCAAACAGAAAAAAAUGAUUGUUUAGCACGUAGCAUCAAGUGUUACGAAGCUUGUCUGGAUGAUAAGGUGAAGAAGGAGGAAGCAUUCAAGAGGAGUGUCCUUGUGAAGCACGGCAAUGCUUGCAGUGAGCUUGGUGUCUUCUUGAUGAACAGUGCUGAAAAUCCUGCUUCUGUCAAAGGCGGCUGAGUGUUACGAGAGGGGUCUCCAAAUCCUGGGCAACAAGAGCGGCCUUGUUGAAUUGUGGGAUUCCAUCACGUGGAACCUGUGCUCGACAUAUUUCAACAUGGCGUGUCAGAUGCAGGAUCGACCUCCGGUAUCCCGCAAUCUUGCAGAGAUUGAGAAGGAUGUGCUGAAAUUCAUGAGCAAAGCAAUGGCUCUUUGUGACACAAAGGAGACAUCAUCCAGCAGACAGCCCCUCUAUCAGGAUAGGGCAGCUACUAUCCAUCUUCGACUGGCAUCCAUGAAUCUCAACUCAAUGAGAAAUCAGAACACUAAAACUAUGGCUAAGCUCCACUACAACAAGGCUAUUAAACUCUUCGAGGAAAUGGAUAGCCCUGGGGAACUACUUAGAAAAGAGCUGGAUAGAGUGGCAUUGCUACUAGAGCAUCAGGUUGAAAGUCUGAAUAGCAAGCAAGAAGAGGUUUCACAAGAAAUGAAAGGAAAGAAGAUCAAGGAAAUGUGUGAUGGAGGACAAGCGCCGGGACAGGCUUCCAGUUCCUCAGGAGCCAUUACUAACCUUGGUCUACAGCCAGACCAGGGUCUAUCAGUUGCAGGAGCCACCCAUGGAACACAUGGGACACUGUCAGGAUUUACAACUUAUGAAACCCCACGCUAUAGCAUCAAGAGAAGCGUGGCCAACCUACCAAGCAACAGGACAAUGUCGUCAUCCCACAACACCAACAUGAUGCACAGUACGGUGCCAUUGUCAUCGGUGGAGACCAAUGCAGUAGCCACUGCCCUGGCCACCAGUGCAGCCAUGCUGACCAAGAGCCCUCAUGCGAUGGGCAGCAACUCACUCAGCCCGGAGAAUGAGGAGGGAUCAGCCAUCUACUUUGACGAUGAGAAGUGCGGACGAUGGAAAAUGGACGGAUUCACAUGGGAGUACAGUUACCUGGAAGAUUGAGAGCUCUGAGAUUCGCUGCACCACCUCUUGUUGGAACCCCCUCUAGUCUAAUCAAGCCACUGCUGGGACUCAGCGAAACGCUGAUACGAAAUGACUCAAAUUCUUAGAGUUCUGAAUGUUUGCAACAUCUAAACGGUGUUUCCUGUAUCUGUUAUCAUAUACCAUUUUGUUCAUUAAGAUUAAACAAAGGUUCAUAAACAAAUUUGGGUUAUUUCUUUUAUAUGCAAAUAAUACAGAGUCAAAAUUCAAACUUAAAUAAGUCUUCUUCUUCUUCUUCUUCUUCCAGUGUAAGUGCUGCUUCAAGGUGAUGAAGAUAAACGCACUGAUUGUGUGUGUAUAUGAUUAUGUGAAGACUUUCACAUAUCCUGUUAUUCCACAUUUUAACUUUUUGUUCUUGUUGUGCAGGUGCAUAUAUACAUAUGUAAGUAAAACAUUCCUGGUCUUGUAGACAUUACAUCUGCAUCCAACUCAAGAAGACCUUGAAGGCAUCAAGAGAGGGGUAUUGGGCUGGGUCCUGUAGGUGGUUGUUCCAGUCCUUGCAGGUUCUUGGGAAGAAGGAAGAAGCAUAAAAGUUUAAAAAUCCUUUCGAUAAGAAUAUGGUAAAAUUCUUGGAUGUCAUGUUUUCUAGCAAUAACCGACUGAGUCAUUUUCAAUAAGUGUAAAAGCCUUAAAUACACAAUUCUUCCUAUCAAAACAUUGUUUAAGUUUCUGGUUCUAAGCGAUAGGCUAUAAGCUAUUUUUAAGAGUUACAUACAUGUACUACCUUUUGUCUGAAUGAAAUAGCCUGAUAAGCAGCAAAAGCAUGAAAUACAUAGUAACUUAAUACAUACAGCACCCAAGCCAGGGUCUUGUAGAAAACCUCAAAAUCAUUAUAUUUAAAAUUAAUGUAGGUUUCAUUUGUUUUCUUACUCGCUAUGGUGUUGCAUACAUGAUUUUAACAAUUUACUGAAAUAGCUGUUGUAUGUAACCUGAUCAAACUUUUAGAAAGUUUUCUAUAACCCCCCUUCUACAGCAUUCCAUUUAAAGGACUGGUGGUUGUUGAUGUUUUGUUUGAAGUAACUCUAUAUAAAAUGUUUUUCAUUGGCUUCAAGCAAAAUUAUUACAACUAGACAUGUAAUACUUGUUUGAAACAAGUAUAGGUGGGCUGCUCCAACUAAAAUUUGAGAGAAAAUAAGCGAGAUAUUGCUUGAAAAGCAAUGUCAUGUAGAUUCAUGAUGUGAAUGAAAUUCACCUUCCUGAGGCAUAACAUGCAAAUUAAGAAAUUUCUGACAUA